AUGUUUGGGACAAUAUUCCAGGUCUCUCUGUUGCUCAUUAACGCCAUCGCUAUUCUUAACGAGGAUCGUUUCCUUGCCAGAAUUGGCUGGAGUUCUUCGUCGCGACAAAUACGGGACCCAAAUACUGGAUUCCAACAGGGAUAUGACCAGAAUGGAUAUGGAGGACAAGCAGGAGCACCAGGCGAAUUGAGCAUGAAAGCAAGGAUGAUUGACCUCAUUAGUGCGGUGCGGACGCUUAUGCGCACCUGGAAGAGCUUAACAAUACGCUACAGUACCCCUCAUCGCUAUCAAUACACUGGUCAUACUGUAUGA